CGCAUCGUAAUCGGGUGUUUUAGGAAAAACGAAGACAUAUGGCACGAUUCAGGUGUUGUGCUUUUCAAAAAACAUUCCAACGCAUGCCGGUUAUUAAUAAACCGACCACAUACACACACAUGAUUACAGUUCUAUAAAACGCCAUACACAUUUCAUGACUGGAAGAUAAUAAACGUGUGUACCUACUUAGGCCUACUACAUUUUGGGGACAUAUUUGUACCCAGAAGUGACCAAAACCUGACAAAAUCUCCAAAAAAAAACUCUCUUUAGAGAUGUCCUUGUUUGUGACCUUUAAAUAAUCAAACUAAACUAAUAAAUGUUUGAUAAAUAAAUGGUGAACUUUUUGUUUUCUACUAAAAAUGGAAAGCUUUUAAUGUGUUUUGGCCGUUCAUUUACAUGUCAACGGUGUUUCGGGGGCCUGAAAAUGCAAACUUUUGAAAACAGGUUUCAAAGUGCAAGUUUUUGGAAACAAUACCGUUAUCGUCUCCGUGUAAACUACAAAAACACAAAUUUGUAAAAUUUAUGCGUCAUGUGCAUACAUAUUAUCCCUGCGUUCCAUUCGGAAGGGCUCAUCCUUAUGCCCUAAUCCCUUCAAAGGGUUUACUGCGAAGGGAUGGAGGGUGUAGGGGUAAAAAAAACUAUUUUUUGGAACGCACUUCUGCGUCAUUUUAACGAGACAAUCAAAGAGGAGUAGAUUUAGGAGUAGUAGGUUUAUCGCACCAUAUUGUAUAUUGUGUCUAUGUAUUUUAAACAUUUGAUUUACUGUAUUUACUGAUAAAUACUGUAAAGUAUUUUUGUUGAAGUACAAUGUCGUUUUGACCAUAAUAAUGUGCCAAAUCUAACUCAUAUAAAUAUUACAGUAGUAUAGAAAAAUACUAUACAUUUAUAGGUAAAAUAUCAUAGAAUAGGUAUCCAUUCUGUGAUGUCAAACAACUUCCCUGUGCAAAGGAUCAUGGUGGCCCAAAGUGUCCAUCAGUUCUUCGAAAUCCUUCAUUCCGAAGGGCCCUUUGAAGUGUCCAGUUUUGAGCACUUCGGUUUGGAACGACCCUUCAAUAUGGCGGCCAUGAUUAUUUUUACUCCGAAGUGGAGGGCGAUAUAUGGAGGGCGAUAUAUCCUGUUUGGAUAUUAUAUUUAUAUUUAUAUUAUAUUUAGUUUUUCAUUUGAAUGAUUAUGCUGGACACCUGUUGAUAAUUUCUUUGAUUAGUUUGUUUGGAUAUUUAAGCCCUGUAUUUCUUUCAGUUCAUGAUCUGUUCUCACACGUUUAUACCAGUUGCUCCGUUCAUGUUUUUCGUGUCUGGGUGUUCCAAGUGUUUUGUUCCUUUAAGUUUUUGUUUAAUAAAAUCAAUUGCUGCAUUUAGAUCCAGCUCUUUUCUUUACUGUUUGACUUUCACUCUGUCAUGAAAUGUUUUAUAGUAAUAAACACAACUUUUACCGUGCAGUGCAUGUCACACAUUAGCUCGACCUUUUUACUUCACACUUUUUUACUUCCAGUAACACCUUUAGCUUCUCGGAUAGUGCAAUUAAACAUGUAACAGUACUGCUAAUCAUUACAUUUUCCUUCAUUUUCACAACUGUAUGUGAAAUUUACACACUUUUGCCCAAAUAAGGAUUCUCCACUGGGUAUUUAGGGAAGUUCAGUGUUGUGAAUUUAGAGAAGUUCCAGUACUGAGGACAAUACAAUUGUGUAUUUUUUUAAUGGUUAAAACCACGUGUAAAAGUGUCUUUAUAAAGCCAUGUAAUAAUGGGCACAGCAGAGCUCGAGCUGUAAAUAGACAGGAGGAAAAUCAUUAAAUUCUUUACUGAUCAACUAAUUUCCAUGUUUCAUAUCAAAGGAUGUCUUCCACCGCCUGGCCUGUUGUUAUCUCAUUUCUCUUAGUGCUUCCAUUUAAAGCACACGGUGAACAUUUCGGAUAUUGUUCCACUGAGCACACAAAAGAUCUUUCCAAUAAUAAUCUAACAAGGAUACCAUCACAUUUAUCAAACAACAUAGAGUACUUAGAUGUGUCCCACAACAACAUCUCCAGCAUUGUUCACGGUGACCUGUCUGGUUUGACCCAUCUCUGCUUUCUCAAAAUCACACACUGUGGACUUCAACACAUCUCCCCUGAUGCCUUCAGCAGCAACUCUGAAAUCAAAGUUCUGAACAUCUCCUACAACCAUUUGACCAUCAUUCCAACUUUGCAUUUGCCCCAGCUAAGGAUCCUAGACCUUUCCAGCAAUCCAUAUCCCAGCUAUGUUCUUCCAGACUCAUUUGGUAACUUAAAUUAUCUUUCCACCCUUGCGAUUGGUAGUCCAGAUGCUACUUCUGUUAAAGUGGAUGACUUUGUUCCUCUUCAAAAUAUCCAUUUGAAAAAACUCAUAUUUGGAGAUGGGACGGAGUUGCAAAACUAUAAAAAGGGCGUUUUUUCGCAACUCAAAUCAUUACAGGAAGUCAUUCUGAAAGUGACUUUUUGUCAACGUUUUGAUAUUUUCAAAGACAUGAUUAUGGAUUUUGACCGAACCCAAACUAAAAAAAUUCAGCUCAUUAAGUUAUUUCCGGACCAGUGUAGCAUUACGACUGACCCAUUUGAGGCUUUUAAAGAUUUGCAUGUCCUCAGUAACUUAAGCAUCAUAGACACUUGGAUGAACAGCUCUGUGAUGGUCAAACUGUUCAAAAAUGUUUGGAAAUCAUCUUUUGAGGAAAUUGCGUUUUUAAACAUCACAUACAAUGAGGACACUCCUGAUGGCUUCCAGCUACCAAUACAGAAUCACACCACGAAUCUACGAGCAUUCAUACUCGAUGGUGUGCACCACCAUCAGUACCGCUACCCUACUAUAAACAUGAGUGUGGAACUAAUCGACCAACUAAUCUACCUGAAAUUCUCUGGUACUGGAAUGAAUAUUCUACCAUGUAAUCUAAUUUCAGCCAUAAAGUCACUAAAAAUCUUGGACCUGUCAAACAACCUCUUGGAUGACAGUGGCUUCUGGUGGACUGGCUGUUCAUCACACAAAGUGUUUCCAGCCUUGAGGAAACUCUCUCUAAGCCAUAACCGUUUCAACGACCUUGCUGAGAUUGCCAAAAACGUCAAUGAUAUGAAGUUCUUAGAGUCUCUUGACUUGAGUUUCAACUCAAUUUCCAUAGGCAAGCCAUGCUUUUGGCCUUCCCACCUGACUGAACUGAAUCUCAGCCACAACAAUCUAGGAAACGAUGUGUUUCGCUUCUUAUCACCACACUUCCAGAAGAUAGACCUCUCCAAAACAGGCUUAAGUGUUAUUCCUUUCAAUAUUAUUUCAUUGUUUCCCAAACUAACACACCUCUAUAUGAGCUUUAACAGCAUACAAGUCAUCCCGGCAGAUAUUCAGGCUCCUACGUUAGUAAGUCUCCACAUUGACCAGAACGCAAUUACAUUUAUCAGCCUGAAAUCAAUGGAAGGUUUUCCCAAGCUCAGGACUUUAAAAGCCAGCCGCAAUCCAUUUAGCUGUGAUUGCGAUUCCUUUUGGUUCAUGACGGAGUUUAAUAAGUCACUUCUCCUAGAUUGGCCACAUGCUUACGCUUGCAGCACCCCGCCAGCGUUUUCCGGAAGGCGUUUGGAGACGUUUGAGUUCGGAUGGCUGUCCUGUCAGCCGGGCUUGCAGGCUGCUGUGGUUCUGCCGGUGUUAUUUGUGGUCGGAGCUGCUCUGGCCAUCACUGUUUAUGCUUGUGAUGGUGUUUGGUACACCAAAAUGCUUUGGGUGGGGAUACGAAUGAAGAGAAGAGGCUACAAGAGGGCUGAUCGAUUGCUCAAUGCCACCUUCCGCUACCAUGCCUUCAUUUCCUACAGCCAGCAUGACUCAGUCUGGGUGGGAUCUCAGCUGGUACCUGAAUUAGAAAGGUCAGGCCUGUCUCUAUGCGUCCAUGAGAGAGAUUUUGAACCUGGGAAGUGGAUUGUGGACAAUAUAAUCAAUUGUGUGGAGGACAGCUACAAGAACCUCUUCAUCCUGUCCAAAAACUUUGUGCAAAGCGAAUGGUGCAACUACGAACUGUUCUUCGCCCAGCACAGGGCCAUCAGUGUGAAUGACGAUUCUCUGGUCUUCGUUCUUUUGGAGCCCAUACCGACAGACUCUCUGCCCAAGAAGUUUCUAAAGUUAAGAAUGCUGCUGAGGCAGAAAACAUACUUGGAGUGGCCCGCAGAUGAACGCAAGCAGCGAGUAUUUUGGUGUAAUCUUAGAGCUAUUCUGCAGACCGUGGACCAGAGCAAGAUUUUAAAGGAUGUGGCCACAGACAUUGCUGAUAUAUGCCCUCUGGUGCCUGUUAAAGAUUGAAGAUCUGUUUUUCAUAGUUUGAAUAAAUAUGUGAUUUAAAAAAAAAAAAAAAA